AGUCGUGAACUUUUCUCCAUUUUACUUUGUAACGCAAUGGAUCGCCAAAUCACCGCUGUCCGUCCAGAACAUCGAUUUAACACUAAUAACCUGAAAAGUUAUCUGUCAGGCAAACUUGACAGUUUUUCAGACAGCAGCACUUUUACGCUGCAGCAAUACAGAGCUGGGCAAUCCAACCCAACGUUUUACAUUGAGACUGCAGAUAAGCGUCAUGUGCUCAGAAAGAAGCCUCCAGGAGAGCUGCUGCCCGGAGCUCAUAAGAUAGAUAGAGAGUAUGCUGUUCAAAAGGCUCUAUAUUCUGUUGGAUUUCCUGUUCCUCGUCCAGUGCUGUACUGCACAGAUACUCAUGUUAUCGGCACAGAGUUUUACAUCAUGGAACAUAUACAGGGACGUAUAUUCAGAGACCCGAGGCUUCCAGGGGUCAGUGCGUCAGAGCGGACAGCUCUGUUUGUGGCUGCAGUGGAGACACUAGCCAAACUCCACUCCCUAGAUGUCAGUACACUUGGCCUUUUGGGAUAUGGGAAGGGAACAGGUUAUUGUAAGAGACAGGUCUCCACAUGGACAAAGCAGUAUAAAGCCUCUGCCCACAAAGAGAUACCAGCCAUGGAUAAACUUUCAGAUUGGCUAACUAACAACCUUCCAAACAGCGACAAUGAAGUGUCCCUUGUUCAUGGCGAUUUCCGAAUUGACAACUUGAUAUUCCACCCUACAGAGGCUCGUGUAUUGGCUGUUCUGGACUGGGAAUUGUCCACUACUGGACAGCCAAUAGCAGACUUGGCUUACUUUCUAAUGCCACACUACUGGCCCAGUCACUACCAAGUCUUCAGCACAAUGGGUGGAGUCACAGGAGUGAAAGGAAUUCCCUCUCCAGAUGACCUUAUCUCCAUCUACUGCCAUUGUCGAGGCAUCCCAAACUCUCUUUCCCAGAAAAACUUCUUCAUUGCCAUGGCUAUUUUUAAAAUGGCUUCAAUUGCACAGGGGAUCUAUGCAAGGCAUUUGUUGGGCAAUGCCAGUUCUCUUAAUGCAGCUGAGUUUGAAGAGAGUGUGGAGCCCUUAGCUGAGCUGGGUUUACAGAUCGCCCUCAGCUCCACGUUAGCUAUGCCAAUUUCUGAUGAGCUGUUCAUGCUGUCACCCAAAGGACAGGCUGUCCUUCAGCAUAUGAAAGAGUUCAUGAGAAAGCAUGUACUUCCUGCUCAACAGGUCAUAAAAGAUUACUAUGCCAAGCACAAAGACACACCUGAGAGAUGGCAAACACCAGCUGUGAUAGAGGAGUUGAAGGCAAAGGCUCGAGCUGCAGGCCUGUGGAAUUUGUUUCUUCUGGCUGAGAGUGGCCUGUCUCAGCUGGAUUAUGCACAUAUUGCAGAGGAGACUGGACGCUGCUUCUACGCCCCCGAAAUCUUUAACUGUCAGGCCCCAGACACUGGCAAUAUGGAAGUCCUGCACCUGUAUGGUACUGAAGAGCAGAAGAGACUCUGGCUGGAACCCCUACUAAGAGGAGACAUACGGUCCUGCUUCUGUAUGACAGAGCCGGAUGUUGCUUCAAGUGAUGCGACUAACAUGGAGUGCACCCUUCACAAAGACAAAGACCAUUUUAUCAUUAAUGGCAAAAAGUGGUGGAGCAGCGGAGCUGGUAACCCGAAGUGUGAAAUCGCCAUAGUCAUGUGCAGGAGCAAGUCAAUGCACUCAAAUAAUGACAGGCAUGGGCUGCACAGCAUGAUCCUGGUCCCUUUGAACACACCAGGGGUAAAGAAGAUAAGACCACUCACCGUUUUCAGUCAGGACGAUGCAAUCCAUGGCGGCCAUUUUGAGAUCCAUUUUGACAAUGUGAAGGUUCCUGCUUGCAACAUUCUUCUUGGUGAAGGGCGGGGCUUUGAGAUUGCUCAGGGACGCCUGGGUCCCGGUCGACUUCAUCAUUGCAUGAGGGCUGUGGGGCUGGCAGAGUGGGCCCUGGAGUUGCUAUGUCAACGUGCAGCGCAUAGAUAUGCUUUUGGAAAGAGUCUUUACCAACACGAGGUGGUAGCUCAUUGGAUAGCGGAGUGUCGAAUCGCCAUUUCACAGUCACGUUUGUUAACACUACAGGCUGCUCACACACUGGACACACAGGGCAACAAGGCUGCAAGGAAAGAGAUUGCUAUGAUAAAGGUGGUAGCAGGCAGGAUGGCGAGUAAGGUGGUGGACUGUGCCAUUCAGGUUUAUGGGGGUGCCGGAGUGUCUGAUGACUUCCCACUAGCAGAAAUGUAUGGUUAUGCACGGACACUACGCAUAGCUGACGGACCUGAUGAGGUUCAUUUGUCCUCCAUUGCUCUCCUAGAGCUCAGAGACCAAAAGAGACGGGCCCAAGCUAAACUCUGAUUCACCUCAAAUCAGCCAGACGCAUAAUUUUCCAAUUAUUUCCUGAAAAUGUCCGGUUCUCUGUCUGUCUUAGAGAAACAGCUCAUCUCAGAUGACCUAGUGAAAGAAACAGAAAUAAGCGAUUAAUCAUACUCAGAGAAUUCCAGCUGCUAAUCUAAAAUGAAUAAUGAGAAACACAUUAUUCACAAGGAUAUCACAAGUAUGUAAAAAAUUGAAAGAAAAUAUAUAAAAAAUAAGGCAUAUGCGUAAUUGACUGACUGUAUGUUAUCACCAGUGCCUACAUAAAUUAAAUUAAACACAAAUUAACUUUAUUGUAGAUCUAAUAUUAAUCUUUGUAAAUUUCUGUAACAGAAUGUACCUGUUUUCUAAAUGAGAAUACAGUACAUUAAAGAGCACAGUUCAUAGUAA